AUAGUUUCACUAUCGUUGGUGGAAUGGUGACAGCAACAGGCAUCAAAUGCUUAUAUGAUUCGCACUUUUUGCUGAAUCCCACGAUCUAAUUCCAAAUUCCUUCACCACCAAUAAGUAUAGAGAGAGAAAGUCAAGAACCGAAUGUUAUUGUCCUGAAACGAACCACAGCAGCAAAAUGAUUAACCAAUCACAAGUGGAGCACCAUUCAAUCUUCUACAGCUUCUUGCUUCCUAAAAUCCACAUAUAGUAAGAAAAAUUUAUCCCCCUUUUAUGUUCAUCAAGACUUAUUAUUCGAUUUCGUGUAAAAUCGGAUCGAUCUGUCAUCUGGGUUACCGAUUUUUAUCAAUAUUUGGGGUUGUUUCCAUCUGGGUAUUUGAGAAUCUAGGGUUUGUUAGUGUAAAUGAUAUCAAGUUUUGAUUUUUAUCAAUCUUUGGGGCUAGGUAUUUGAGAAUCUAGGGUUUUGAAAUUUGGGUAUUUGUUAUUGUGGAUUGUGUGAUGGAUAUGGGGUUUUAUGGAGAACAAGGUUUUGGUGUGAAUUCACAAGGGAUAUGUUUUCAAUCUAGCCCUAGAGAGAACAAAUCUGAGAUGAUUGUGAUGGGGGGUUUGCAUCGGAUGAAUAGCACUGGUAGCUUGAGUUUUUCGGGGAAUUCGGGUAUUGUAAAUGGUGGGUCGUCGUUUACGGGAGUUGGGAAUUCGUGUGAUUCGGUGACGGAUUUGAAGCAGCGGACUAGCUUGGUGGUCGAGUGGUCGGUUGAGGAACAGUAUAAGUUAGAGGAAGCACUUCCCAAAUAUGCUGAUGAACCUGGUAUCAUAAGAUAUGUCAAGAUCGCUGCCACAUUGCGUAAUAAGACAGUACGCGAUGUUGCGCUGAGGUGUAGGUGGAUGGGGAGAAAACGAAGGAAACAAGAGGAACUGAAUUUGUGGAAGAAGACAAAAGACAAGAAGGAUAAACUGAUGGAAUCAUCCUUAAAGCCAAGUGUACAUUCGUAUUCAACAAUUAACGUGGCUCCAUUUUCACUUUCAAUGAAUUGGGCGCCAGCUCAGGGUGAUGGUAUUCAUGUUGAAGCAUUACAAGGCUCGAUAAGACAUCUAUUGGAACAAAACAGCCAAGUUCUUGGUCAGAUCUCAACUAAUAUGUGUGCACUACGGCUGCAGGACAAUGUUGACCUCUUUAGCGAGAUGAAGAACAAUAUAACUGCCAUCUUAAACGACAUGAGAUGCAUGCCUGGGCCGCCACUGCCUGUAACAUUAAACGAGGAUCUUGUUAAUAGCAUUCUCUCCCUUAAAAGCCAGACAACAACGAUGUUCGCCUCAUCAGGUGGGAUGAAUAUGAAACAAGAACCAGGAUGUUGGUGACGGAUGGUUUCAACUUCCGUCGGUUUAUAGUUUUCUCCACGUACAGAAUUGAAUCCGCUAUAAAGCCAACCUUCAACAAGUUUUCACCCCUGACUUUACUCAUCAAGAAGAAAACGCUAUAAGAAAUCUUGGGUUUUUUGUCUAUGAAACUGUAUUGAUUGCCUAUUUUAAUCCAAACCCACAAUAAGAAAGUUUGUAGAACAUCAUUUUCUAAAAGCUAAAAAUGUUUUAGCUUGCCGUUUAAAUCGAGUGUAGCCAUUGGAGAACCAUGUAUCCACUGUUAUUGGUGUUCGACCAUUUUACCCUUUGA